AUGGGUAUUUCCCGCUCGUCCAGGUACAAGCGUUCCGCCUCCGGUGCCCAGCGUGCCCACUACCGCAAGAAGAGAAAGUUCGAACUCGGCCGUCAGGCCGCCAGCACCAAGCUUGGCCCGAAGCGUGUUCACACUGUUCGCGUUCGCGGUGGAAACCUCAAAUACCGCGCCCUCCGCCUCGACACUGGCAAUUUUGCAUGGGGCUCUGAGAGCAUAACGAGAAAAACGAGGUUGAUCGGUGUUGUUUACAACGCCUCCAACAACGAACUCGUCCGCACGAACACCCUCGUCAAGGGCGCCAUCAUUCAGAUCGACGCUACUCCUUUCAGACAGUGGUACGAGUCGCACUACGCCCAGCCUAUCACGAAGAAGGGUGCCAAGGCUGCUCAGGCCGCCGCCGUCGCUACCGAGGAGGCCAAAAAAUCCAACCACCUUCAGCGUAUCAUCGAGGAGCGGAAGAAGGAGGCUAAGGUUGACCCUCUGCUGGAGAGUCAAUUUGCUGCUGGUCGCCUGUAUGCUGCCAUCUCGAGCCGACCGGGCCAAUCUGGUCGGUCUGACGGUUACAUCCUUGAGGGCAAGGAGCUUGAGUUCUACAUCAGGAAGAUCCGGACGGGCAAGCAGAAGCACGCGCACAACGCAUAA